GAGAGAGGAGAGAGAGUAGUGGUAAGAGAGAGAGCGAGUCACGCGGAUCUGCUGUAUAUAUACCCUUCGUCUCCACUCCGGAAAUUCAUUCUGCGCUUGUGCAUUGCUCUCUCUUCUCCUUCAUUGUGAUUUCGGGAUAUUCGUGUUCUACGAAAAGAUCAAUAUGGAAACCUUUUUGUUCACCUCAGAGUCCGUCAAUGAAGGGCAUCCUGACAAGCUCUGCGACCAAGUCUCAGAUGCCAUUCUUGAUGCUUGCUUAGAACAGGAUCCAGAGAGCAAAGUAGCAUGUGAAACAUGCACAAAGACAAAUAUGGUGAUGGUCUUUGGCGAGAUCACAACCAAGGCCAAUUUGAACUAUGAGAAGAUUGUUCGGGAUACAUGCAGAGGCAUUGGGUUCACCUCACCAGAUGUUGGCCUUGAUGCCGACAACUGCAAGGUCCUUGUGAACAUCGAACAACAGAGCCCUGACAUUGCCCAGGGUGUCCACGGUCAUCUCACCAAGAAACCUGAGGAAAUUGGAGCUGGUGACCAAGGCCACAUGUUUGGUUAUGCUACAGAUGAAACACCAGAGCUCAUGCCACUUACUCAUGUCCUUGCCACCAAGCUUGGUGCCAAGCUCACUGAAGUGAGGAAGAACAAAACUUGCCCCUGGUUGAGACCUGAUGGUAAGACACAAGUAACAGUUGAGUACAGGAACGACGGUGGUGCCAUGGUUCCAAUCAGAGUUCAUACUGUCCUCAUAUCAACCCAGCAUGACGAGACUGUUACAAACGAUAAAAUUGCUAGUGACCUGAAAGAGCAUGUUAUCAAGCCUGUAAUUCCUGCCCAGUACCUUGAUGACAAAACAAUUUUUCACCUCAACCCAUCUGGUCGAUUUGUCAUUGGUGGCCCACAUGGAGAUGCAGGUCUGACUGGUAGGAAAAUCAUUAUUGAUACCUAUGGUGGCUGGGGUGCUCAUGGAGGUGGUGCUUUCUCUGGCAAGGAUCCUACCAAGGUGGACAGGAGUGGGGCAUAUAUUGUUAGGCAGGCAGCAAAGAGUGUGGUGGCUUCGGGACUUGCCCGUCGAUGCAUUGUGCAAGUUUCAUAUGCUAUUGGUGUAGCUGAACCACUUUCAGUGUUUGUUGAUACCUACAAGACCGGUAAAAUCCCAGACAAGGAUAUUCUUGCUCUUAUCAAAGAGUCCUUUGACUUUAGGCCAGGAAUGAUUGCCAUCAAUCUUGACUUGAAGAGAGGAGGAAACUUCAGGUACCAGAAGACAGCAGCUUAUGGUCACUUUGGCCGUGAUGAUCCUGAUUUCACUUGGGAGACUGUCAAGAUCCUCAAGCCUAAAGCUUGAGUUUGCCGGCUGCCACUGGACAAUACUUCCGCAAAUCGAUUCCCUGUCUUAUCAUACAGGUUGCAAUUAAUAAACAAGAUUGGCUGGAUAUAUUAACACUAUGAUUCUUUUUCAGGACUCCGUCAUGAUGCGGGACCAGUACUGUUUUCUGCUUUCAAUUUUGAGGGAUAUAGGAACCUGGAGAGUAUUUGUGAAACUUGUCUGUUAUCUUUUUUUGCUCUCCUCGGUAGCAACGUUGUAUUGAAAUUACUCUAUGUCAUUUCAUCAUUUCUGAAUUUAUAAAACGUUUUCCAUAAUUUUCAAUUAAAA